CGUCAGCAAUUUCCCACAAGUGGAACCCUGCCUGCCUCCCCGGGGAAGCGCAGGAGAGUAGGCUGGCAAGGGAGCAGGGCCUGGGCCUACCCUGGGAAGAGCACCCAGUUGCCCGCACCCCCUGCCUGACCAAGGCCCCACUGACAAUGGACAAGGGGGAGGAAGACGACGAGGAGGAAGCCUGGCUGCAGCUUCGGCCGGUGGAGCCCUUGCCCUCCCAGUGCUGCGGCAGCGGCUGCUCCCCCUGCGUGUUCGACCUCUACCAGCGAGACCUAGCAAGUUGGGAGGCAGCCCGAGCCAGCAAGGACAGGAGCCUGCUGAGUGGAGAAGAGACACAGAGCUGUCCUUCCAAACUGAGCCCAGAGACCUUCCUGGCCUUCCUCAUCAGUGCCACAGACAGACUCACUAAGGACACCUACCUUGUCCGGUUUGCAUUACCUGGGAACAGCCAGCUCGGCUUGCGGCCUGGCCAGCACCUCGUCCUACGAGGGAUAGUAGAUGGCUUAGAAAUUCAGAGAGCCUAUACGCCCAUCAGCCCUGCCAACGCAAAAGGAUACUUUGAAGUUUUAAUCAAGUGCUACCAGACAGGGCUGAUGUCCCAGUAUGUGGAGUCCUGGAAAGCAGGAGACACGGCUUUCUGGCGAGGACCUUUCGGAGGCUUCUUCUAUAAACCAAACCAGUACGGUGAGCUCCUCAUGCUGGCUGCUGGCACCGGCCUGGCCCCCAUGGUGCCCAUCCUGCAGAGCAUCACAGACAACGCAGAGGAUGAGACCUUCAUCACCCUGGUCGGCUGCUUCAAGACCUUUGAGGGCAUCUACCUGAAAACCUUCCUCGGGGAGCAGGCUCGUUUCUGGAAUGUCCGCACCUUCUUUGUACUCAGCCAGGAGAACUCCCUAGAGCAGCUUCCCUGGAGUUACCGGGACAAGACCCACUUUGGCCGCCUGGGCCGGGACCUGAUUGAAGAGCUGGUCGGCUCCUGUCGGAGAAAGCCGUUUGCAUUGGUCUGUGGCUCAGCUGAGUUUACCAAGGACGUGGCCGGGUACUUGCUCAGCGCAGGCCUGGCCGAGGACUCCUACUUCCUCUUCUAGGCCUGGCCUCCCUUCUAAAGCUCAGGCUAGGGGCCUGACACUGGGACGCAGGAAGGGACACAGACUGGAAUCCAAAGACAUGAAUGGAAGACCGCUGCUAAUUCUCCAGGUGACCUGGGACAAAUGUCUUUACCUCUGCACACCUCCGUUUCUCAUCCACCCCACGCGGUUCCUGACUGCCUCAAGCAGGCAUCCUACUGGGAGGAGGGAGGUGGAGCUGUAGGAACCUUGGGGAGGAGAGUAUCCGGCCGGGAGUCAGGGAGGACUCCCUGGAGGGAGCCAGGUCCUGGCUGGGUAGGAGUUGGCAGGAGAAGGACUAGGAGGGGCUUUCCUGGUUCCUCAGCUUCAAGGGUUUGAGAGGGGCUCCCACUGGGCCCUGCCCUGUAAUGCCUGUGCCAAAGCCUGCUUUCCCUGGAGAUGUGUGUCUCUUGUGGCCUCAGGGCUGGCUCAGAUGAGGUGCUCACUGGUUAGGGAAUGACCAUAACGGAGGCUAGAGGAGGCACUUGCUGUAUGUACCUCCAGUGCCGUGAGCCUGACACAAUGAAGGUCGUGGGUUCUGUGACCUGACCAUGUCUCAGAACAAGGUGGGGCCCUAGAUUACCUUUAUUUUGGCACCAGGCCUUUGGUGCUGCAAAAGGCUUCACUCUCAGUCUCCUUUUCCUGGCUCAAGAGCCCAGCCCAGAGUCCUUUCCCCAGCAAAAGAGUCGUGAAAGCAAAUGCCCCUCCCUCCUGCAGGCAGCCAGCUCAGCCAUGCCUUCAGCUGCAGCGCCCUGGUGAUGGUUGCUAUGGAGAUCUAAAGAUAGAGCAGGAGUCCGGAGACCUGGGUCCUUCUCCCUGCUCUGCCCACUGAGCUGCUGCUGCUUCUGAGCCCCCCACCCCUCCCCUCCACACCCCGCCCCCUCCAUCCUUCAUGGGGCAUAUGCCCUCCGCAGGGAACCUAGCAAUCCUGGGCAGCACACCGCAGUUAAUGAAUUCUCCUUUCUGUAGCCUGGGCUCCAGUGUGCUGCACCAGCUCAGGCUGGCUACAGGCAGUCCCAGAGUUGGAAUAUUAAGCCAUGGAAUCUCAGAAUCAAAGAACCAUAGAAUCGUAGAGUUGGAAUUUUGCAGUCAUAGAAUCACAGCUCUCAUCAUAUCAGAGGUUAAAGCUCAGGACUCCAAAAAGCAUCCCAUCUACCAGACUCAUUGUAUCAAUGGGGAAAUCAAGGCCCAGCGAGGCCAUGUGACCUGCCCAAGGUAAAACAGUUCAUGGCAAGGCCAGGGUCAGAAGCCAGGUCUCUAAUGUCAGCCCUGUCCUCAGAGUUCUGUACCAGUGACUUUUAAACUGGGCUCUGCAGGACACUACAGUUCCUGGCACGACAGCAGUGAAGGAAUGGCCAGGUGGGAUCUCCAGGCCCCCUUCCAACCAGAACAGUUUUGUUUUUAUCCCAUUUAUAUCUUGGAGCUUGGAGUCAUUUUCAUUUGUGAAACAGGGUUUUCCUGCACUGCCCAAAAAGUUGCAACAAAUCUCCUUGCUGGGCCAUGUUCAAUAAAUAAUUAUGGCAAGCAGUUGGGGGAUGGUGCCAAAGGUUUCAGACCAAGUUUCACAGACAGAAUUCCAUGGUCAAAUAGAUGUGGGGAAUACUGCAUGUGACCUUCACCAGGAAUCACGUGCACACGAGCAUAUUAAAGGCUCUGAAAUGUCCAGUGGUGAAGAAACGUUUUUCAUUUUGUUUAACCCAGAGUUUCCCAAGCUUAUUUAAUUAGAGAACACUUUGAGACCAGCAUUCCAUGGACUACUUCAGGAAAUGCUGGUCUGUUGCAAAGCCUCUUUUCAGCAUAGCGUAAUCAGUGGGGAGGCCCUUCCCUGAGAGGCAGAGGUCCUGAGCAGGAACUGUGAUGUCGUUCGGCCUCUCCUGUGACUUGAGCAAGACUCUUUCUCAGGGCCUCUGAAUCUAUGCAUCUUCCUCCGCCCUUUCCUCUCCCUCAGUUAGUGCGUCCUAUUGAUUCUACUCACAAAUACUCCUGGAGGGCCUGUUAGGAGCCAGACUCUUAGGCACUGAGGGAAGAACAAUGAACAAGGUGGGUACGGUUCUGGGAAGCUCCAUUGGGGAGCUUAUAGUCCGACAAGGAAGGCAGAAAUUAAAGUUGUAAUUCUAAAAGGGA